CGCCCGCUAGUGCGCGAUGGGACAAGAACAUCCCUGCUGGUCAAACCCUGACGCUGGGCCAAUUCUACUCCGCCCUAUGGGUCUCUGCCACAGAGCCUGGACUCGAACCAGGACCUCAAGUGGCACAGCUAACACAGUGAUGCAGUGCCUUAUGCUUCGAACACACCGACAGCAUCAUUGUAUUUUGGUACACGGAUUAAUUCCCAAUGAAUCGCUGCGUUUGCCUUGCAGUGUCGCGUUGCCGAGGCAGUUGCAGUGCGUUCGGUGGGGUGCAUAAAUUGGAUUUAUCGAAAGUAUGUGUCUACCUGUAUGAGUAGACGGCUUGACAGAAAUGGUAGCAGAGGGUGACUUGAUAUUUUGCAUACAUAUCCCGGUGAUGCUACAUUUUUUGCGCAAUGAUGCUGUCGGUGGGUUCGAAGUGUUAGAUCAUUGUGGCACUCGGGAGGCCACGGCUUAGACUCUUAAUAAAUAAAUAAUAUAUAUAUAUAAAUAUAUAUAUUAACUCCAUGAAAUUAAAUGUGAUAACAAAAACAUAAAUGUCAUUUUGGAUUGUGUAUUUCAUGUUUGGUCAAAUAGAUGCGCCCUGCAACCCUGAUGACUUUUAUUUUGAAAUGUGUUUGGCUACGCGCCGGAAGUUGUGCGACUCUAGCUCAUGCUUCUGAAACAAAGCUAAGGACGCUUGCUUUGAUCAUUUUCAUUAUAAUAGCCCAUUUGGGCAACUGUUCAAAUAUUACAUUAAAACCGUCGUUCUACGGAAUAUCACAAAAGACAGCAUGGCUGCCGACUGGUUAGGUAGUCUGGUGUCGAUAAACUGCGGAGAAACUCUGGGGGUGUACCAAGGCGAGGUGUCGUCUGUGGACCAGUCCAGCCAGACCAUCUCCCUCAAACAGCCCUUCCACAAUGGAGUCAAGUGCCCCGUGCCCGAGGUCACUUUUAGUGCCGUGGACAUCAAGGAGCUGAAGGUCCUGGAUAUAGUGAGUGGUAGAGGUGGUGUGGUUCCGAAGAGCAGCGAUCCGGUCUCAGUCCCACACCGAGGACACCAUAAGACCCAGGACAGGCUGGCUUCUCCGCAGCAGCAGUGCUCGAAAAGCUACGGCGAUAAACACCUGGAGGUGCCGGGCCAGGCCAAGGGUUUCCCACGGAGACACAACUCCUGGUCGUCCAGUAGUCGGGGCGCCAACCAGGUCACCCCGAAGAAGAGCGUUGUGAAGAACGGAGGAGGUGGUCAGAGGCAACACAGGGACGAUGAGUGUUUCGGGGACAAUAUGGACGACGGGCUUGACACAGACUUUGACUUCGAGGGGAACCUGGCGCUGUUCGACAAAGCUGCCGUGUUCUCACAGAUCGCCGGGUCGGAUCGCCGCGGUAACGGGGCCCGGUCGCGCGGUACGCCGCAAGAGCAGCAGCCGUCGCAAUACCGCCACGACAAGAACAUUCUAGAGACCAAACCUGUGGUUUACAGGCAGAUAGUUGUCCCUCAGCCUGGGGCCAAAGAGUAUUGCACUGACUCGGGCCUGGUGGUGCCCAGUAUUUCCUAUGAGCUGCACAAGCGUCUGUUGUCCGUAGCUGAACGUUAUGGCCUCUCAUUGGAGAGGAGGCUGGAGAUGACAGGUGUGUGUGCCAGUCAGAUGGCCUUGACGCUGCUGGGCGGGCCCAACAGACUGACCCCUAAGAAUGUGCACCAGCGGCCCACUGUGGCCCUACUCUGCGGGCCUCACGUCCAGGGGGCCCAGGGUAUCAGCUGUGCUCGUCACCUGUCCAACCACGAGGUGGAGGUCAUAAUCUUCCUGCCUAACUUUGUCAAGGUGCUGGAUGCCGUCUCCAGCGAGAUCACGCUUUACACCAAGACAGAGGGCAAACAGGUCUCCAGUGUUGAAGAGCUUCCGGACAGCCCCGUGGACCUUAUCAUCAACUGCCUGCACUGUCACGAGAACACCUUCCUUAUGGCCCAGCCGUGGUACCAGACUGCUGUAGACUGGGCCAAUCAGAACAGAGCUCCCGUGCUCAGCCUGGAUCCUCCAGUCAGCGGACAGGGCCACGCCGUAGAAGCCAAGUGGACACUGUCUCUGGGUCUCCCGCUACCGCUGUCAGAGGGAGUAGGUAGGGUUUACCUGUGUGAUAUUGGGGUUCCCCGACAGGUGUUCCAGGAAGUUGGGAUCAAGUAUCAUUCUCCGUUCGGUUGUAAGUUUGUGGUGCCGUUGCACUCUGCGUAACUGAAGGGUUUCGAAUUACACAUGGACUCUUGGGAGCCCCCUACAUCUCUUGGGCGCACCCUACGUCUCUUGGGCGCCUCCUACAUCUCUUGUGCGCCCCCUACCUUUGUUCUGAGAAGUAAUUCGAACUAUGUUUAACUGGACUGCAAUGACCUUUGACCUUCAGAUUGAACUUUGAACUCUCUCACUGACCAUUCAGGGUAGUGUUCACUAUGUGCGAAACUAAAGAAAACUCCGAAAUGAAAUGAAACUGGUGGAAGUUAGUAUCUGAACUUAAGAAAUGCUUGUUGGAAUGCCCUAAUAAACACAACCCCGGGUUUGGGGGAUUGACUACAA